ACCACAUAACUGGCUCCCUUCCAAUUAAAGAGGAGAGCUUAUGUUAUUGAAGAGCAGCUUAGCCAAUCAGGAAGCAGUGCAGGCAAAGACAGCAGGAAAAAAGCAGCAGAGCGGCUGAGCAAGAGAAAGAAAAAAAAAACUGCAGUGUUGUCUGGGAAUCUGCAGAGAAGGGGGAAGAACUCCGUGUCCAGGAGAGAGCAACCUGCACAAAAGGAUUUACAUCUGACAACACUCUCACUGUGAUUACUUCCAGAUAUACCUUUCAAGAUUCAAGCUUUUGGCUUACGUGCAGCCUAAAUGAAGUGGAACUUGUUCAGGCAUCAGACAACGCCCAUGGUCGCUGCUAAGCCAACGGGAGCCAGUGCCUUGACUGUGACUCCAGCGCCGGUCGCGUUAGUCUCGGCAGACAACUCCACCGAACCAGUGAGCAAGAAUGAUGCCUUUGACGAGAUCAAAAACAAGUUCCUGAAUGAAAUCGACAAGAUCCCACUGCCAUCAUGGGCCAUCAUCGCCAUCGCCGUGGUCGCCGCUUUACUCAUUCUAACAUGCUGCUUCUGCAUCGUCAAGAAGUGCUGUUUCAAAAAGAAGAAGAACAAGAAGGGCAAGAAGGGGAAGGGUGACAUGGGAAUGAAGAACCUGAAAGGUGGAGAGAAACCACAGGAUGACGAUGAUGAAGAAGAUGAUGUGGAACCUGGACUGACUGGGGAUGAAAAAGAAGAGGAAGUGAAGGAGAAGGAAAAGUUAGGGAAGCUGCAGUACUCAAUUGAUUAUGACUUCCAAGAGAACAAGUUGACUGUGGGAAUCCUGCAAGCCGCUGAUCUCCUCUCCAUGGACAGCGGUGGCACCUCAGAUCCCUACGUGAAAGUCUUUGUCCUCCCAGACAAGAAGAAAAAGUUUGACACAAAGGUUCACAAGAAAACACUGAAUCCUGUAUUCAAUGAGACCUUUACCUUUAAGAUACCAUUCCAAGAGAUGGGAGGGAAGACUCUGGUAAUGUCCGUUUAUGACUUUGAUCGCUUCUCUAAGCAUGACGUCAUUGGAGAGAUUAAAAUACCCAUGAACACCCUUGACUUGGCAAAGCCAAUUGAGGAGUGGAGAGACCUGGACAGUGCAGAUCAAGAAGAGCCGGAGAAGCUGGGUGACAUUUGCAUCUCCCUGCGUUAUGUCCCCACUGCCGGCAAACUCACCAUCUGUAUUCUGGAGGCCAAGAACCUCAAGAAAAUGGAUGUGGGUGGAUUGUCAGAUCCAUACGUGAAAAUCAACCUUUUGCAGAAUGGAAAGAGGCUGAAGAAGAAGAAGACGACAGUGAAAAAGAACACUUUGAAUCCUUAUUACAAUGAGUCAUUCAGCUUUGAGAUCCCUCUUGAGCAAAUGCAGAAAAUCCAAGCUGUGAUCACAGUGCUGGAUUACGACAAAAUUGGCAAGAAUGAUGCCAUUGGGAAGAUCUUGGUAGGAAGCAAGUCCACAGGGGCUGGGCUGAAACACUGGUCCGACAUGCUGGCCAACCCCCGUCGCCCCAUUGCCCAGUGGCAUCCACUGCAGCCAGAGGAAGAGGUGGAUGCCGCCCUCGCAGCCCUGAAUGCCAAGAAGUAAACCCACCUACACCAUCUCUACACCUACCCACCCAUGCAUUUCCCAUCAUUUCCCAGUGUAUAUUCCAGACAAACACCCCAACUGCACAUCUGCUCCCCUCUCCACAUUUUUUCCCUUCUCUUCCUUCCUUCCCCACUGCCACCCUUCAAAAGAUCCACUGAUACCAUUUGACAUGAAGGGAGUAGUUUAAAAAAAGCAUCAUGUUAUAUAAAAUCAUGCCACUAAAAAAAGAAGAUAAGUUACAGGAUGGACAGAUGCUCCGUUGAUUUCCUUUAGAUCUAUUUUUGUAUUGGGGUUGUGGUUCCAUUAUAUUAUAAGAAUACAUAGUAGAAUAUGAAGAAGGGUAAGAGUGCUAUAUGGGAAUCUGGUCAUAGAGGGGAUAAAACAUACAACAUUCACUCAUAUUGUACUUCUUAUCUUUUCCCUUUAGUGACACAUGUUGCUUAGAAUAGAGCUUAAUAAUAAAAUGCUUUAUACUGCCAUAUGAUAGAGAAAUAACACAAGCAGGUUCAUUCCUUAGGUGUAUUGUGCACCAUGUUCCACACCUGCCAGUUAUCAUACUAGAUGAUUCUGUUAGUUUAAAGUACAUUCCUAGAGGUGGGUAGCAAAGUAGGGAUAGACACAUAUCCAGUUACCCACAAACACACUGCCUUUUUGAUUAGUUACCCUUCCGCCCAUCGUCUCAGGAAAACUGAGAGGAAAGUGAAACUCCAUGCCUUUUUUUCUAAACGGGUUAUUAUUAUUCUGAUACUCAAGUAGACGAGAAAAAUAUUCAAUUCAAGAUCUUUUUGAGUGACCCAAGGCUCACGAGUAGUGUUAGUUUAUCCUUAAAGUGGUGUGUCAGGGGAGAGGGAGGGAAUAAUGGAUUUGGAGUAAAAAAGGGUAUUUGUGUAUAUUUUUUUUCCCACCGUGCAAAAAGGCUGCAUCUGUCAUCGGAACAACAAGCGUGGAAAUAUCAGAGCAGGUACAACAAAGACUGAUUCCAAGCACCAAUGACAUGAUAUUUACAAGGUGUCGAUUACCGCCUGCAGUCUACCACCUCCCCUCCCAACGCCUCUGAUUCUGUAUCUCACUUGUUCAGUGCUACUGCCAUUAGUCAUGGACUUGACACAAGGGUUUUACUUCAAAGGAAUCCCUAUAACCGUCUUACAGUCAUAAAGGAGACAAGCCUUCCAAGUAACAAAAUAAGCAAUUUUCAACUACCAGGGACGCCUUCCAGUUAGCAGUGUUGUUCUCUUCAUUUCUUUCUUUCCCCUGUUUUUUAAUCUCUUUUUCCUUUUAUCUCAGUUCCUUUUUUUCUAUUUGACUUCAAACAUUUUUGUUCCUUAAGCACUUUAAAAUCAAAAUCUUACAUUUAAGUACACUUAGAAACCAGAGCUUUAAUCAUUUAUGUUAGUAGUUACUGCUAGCUGUAAUAAAGAAAAACAAACAGACAGCAAGACAGUGAUUGACUUUUUUUGUUGUUGUUGUUUUUGUUGCUUUUUUUUUUUUGCCUCGGCUUUUUGCGUAUGCGUUUUAAUUGUUUGGAUAUUAUAUUUCUCACUUGAUUGCGAGGGUGUGGUCUGGAAGAAGGCACUGAUCCAUGUGUAUUUUAUACACAGCUUACCAAACUGUUGAAUAUAAUUGCACUAUCGGGUAUUUUUCUGUUCUGUGGUAAAACUGUUCUUUGAGCUGUGUAGUUUUUCUGUGAUAAAAUGUUGUGAGAUUGAAUUUUUUCUGUGGCACCAUGUGGCAUGCCAAACGGGUCUCCUCAUAUAAAUGAACCUGAUAAUAACAGAGAGAUCCUUCAGUUUAAUGCAUUUCUUAACAGAAUGUUUUAGGUCCAGUAUAGAGAGCCAAAGUGUCGUGUAAAAAAAAAAAAUUAAAGUAAAAAGUCCUGCUGAAAAUUAAAAAUGCAGAUAUUUUAAAUCCUUUUAGCUUAUUUUGUCCAAAUCUAUAAACUGAACCAGGGCACAUCUUAGAAAUACUUUUUUUUAAGUUUCUGUGGUCUAAAAACUUCUACAGUCCUGGUCUCCUGCAGCUUGAAUCAUACAUGAGAUACCCACAGUCCUCAGCUUGGCAAGCCCAACACAGAUGUCUAAGAAUGAUAUGAUAUUGUGCAUAUUUUGGCUGUACAAGUUUGGCUCUCUAUAUUUGUAUAUUAACAUUCCGUUCAAGAGAAAUAUUGGGAAUGAACAAAGCCCAAACUCAUCAGGUCUGAAUAAAGCAGAAAAGGCUCCUGAUAUGUGUAGAGUGUUUGGACCCCAAUACACUUCCUUGCUGAGCUAGCUAUGAAUAAAAAUUUUUUAAAAACAUACAAAAAAAAGCAAAUCCUGCUGUCUGAAAGCACCAACGGCAAAAGCUACCCAUUAACUGUGUGCAAUAUAAGUCAAUGUAAAGUAAAUGCGGUCAGCUUUUUAGACAUUACCACAGCUUUUUGGGAAUUUAAUGAAUGUUGGAAAUCAUAGGUUUUUCUUUCAAACUUUGACAGGAGUUGAGUUUUUCACGUCCCAUCAUUCUUUUCUUCAGUUAACGAAAACAACACUAAAGAAAAGGCAACACGGAAGCAAUCAAGCAACCCAUUGGUGUGUAGUUUUGCCUAUAUACAUAGUUCAUACACGUUGAUACUGCAUGUUUAUACAAAAUACUGUACAUAAGAGCAUGUUUUAGAGACGAAGCAAAAAUAUCUCGUGUACGUAAAUGGGUGUCAUUUGUCAUUUUAAUAACACGACGAAGGGAAAAAAGAUGCACUGUAUAUUUUCUAAUAUGAAACAAAUGUGUAUUUAUUUUCCAUGAGGGUCACUGGAGAGAAUGUCAUACAGAUAUUAGAAUAAUAUUACUAAUAAGAUCCUUUCCACGCCUGAAAUUCUUAAGCAAGUGUGUCGUCCAGUACUGUGUGUGAGUUCAUGUAGGAUGAAAAUGUAGCCGCAUGCUUGCUAUCUAAUUCUGUGUGAUCAGAAUUUUUAUUUUUAUUUUUAUCUGCCAUCUGUUUUGUUUCAGCACCUUUCUGAAGGCCAAUAUUUGACACAUUUCUGAAUUUUAAUUGCUAUUGCUUUUUUUUUUUUAUUUCAAAAAAUGUAUUUAGGGUUUUUAAUGUUUGGGAAAGGGGAUCUCCAAGUCUAAGAUAUAAGCAGUUUCUAAUAGCAGAUUUGACGCAGUGUGAUUCUGAAAUAACUUAUUAGAAAAGGCUGAAUAAAUGUGCAAUUUGUAGGUGGAUUGUAGGAGUCAGUUUUCUGCCAGCACUGACCAAGAAAGAUGUCUGUUGGAUCAUAUCUUUAUAGAAAAUACAUUUCCUGGGGCCAAAAGACAAAUAGUUCCAUUCCAGUGAACGCGAAUGACUUGGAAUCCCUUUUUGUCUCUUCUUUACUUGGAAGUUUUUACUUUUCUCUUCUAUUUAAAUGACCUGAAAUACUUCACGGCUGUGUCUCUUUUGCUGUGUUUAUUAUACAAUACGUGUACAUGUAUACAAGAUAAACGAAUAAGAUAAAACUAAAGCCAUAAAACUCAAGCACUAACUCUUUAGAGCUCAGCUGAGUAGCUAGAGUUUAUUUAUGAAGAAAAAAAUCUGACAUGUCUUCAUUUUCCUUGGCCAGUGUUUCUCUUUUACAUUCCUUUCAGAGGUCUUUGUUCAUCAAGAGGGCAAAAAUCCAUUUAAUGUAUAUGUGAGCAUUGAGAACAGUUGUGAGUUUAGUAGAGUGAGUGUGUCUUUUUCUACUUUCGGAGCUGUUGAUGUCCUUGUUUCAUAGAGGUAGCUGAUUUUCCAGUAUUGUGAUUAGUAAUGUAUAUGCCUUGUUUUGAUAGUAUAAAUAAUAGAUAUGACAUCACAAUAGAUUCUCAAUAAUAACGCUAAGAAUUAUAUAUAUAUAUAUAUGUAUAUAUAUAUACGAGAGCGUGUUCUAUACUUGGGCCGAGUGCAAUUUAUGAACCAAACUGGGUCACUCUUCUAGUUUCUCUUCUUCCAGUUUAGCAGAGUUUAGAAUGUACUGGUGACUACAUGUACAAUUAAUAAGAAGUUACCCUUGUUUUUGUUGUUUUCUUUUUAUUUCUUUUCAUUUUUUUUAUUUGAGCAAACUGCUCAAGCAACAAAAAUGAGAGCAAAAACUGAGAAACUUAAUAGUGGAACCCAAGUUUUAAACCUGAAUCCCUCCCAUAGAACUAUGCAUAGAGUUAUGAUUUUCACAGGCACAUGGCAGAAAAAAUCAUUUUGAUGUCAUGCACGUAAAAUUAAACGAAAGAAAUAGUUUCACAUUUUGGGAAAUGACUUGCCAGUUUGCAGAGAGUUUGAAAAGACGACUGAUUCCACAGUCCACACUAAAAUAUGAAGCUUGUGUUAUUUAGUCAUCCUGAAAUCAGUUGUUGAUGGAACAAAAAAACACUCCCCUAGUUUGUUUUAUUCCUUUUUUUUUCUUUUCUGUCUUUGAACAUUUUAAACAUUGGUAUUAUGUGUUACUUUGUGAGCUUUAGUGGUGCUAGUAGGCAUAUUUUCUUACUUCGAGUGAGGCAACCUCUUUUUCCAGUCUUUGUGCUGAGCUUUAUACUUAAAAAAGCAAAAAAAAAACCCAAUGACACAGGGGUGGUGUCAGCCAAUCAAUAAUAGGCAAGAGCAUGAGCAAGUUUUCCAAGUGUGGAACUAUUCCUUUAAGUUCACCUCAAUCCUGCCAGAUCUGUCAAACUGCCACACCUGUUCUGGCAACAAUCUGCAGUGUGUUGUGUGACGCUACACAUUGUCUAAUGCAAUAUAGUUUUUACUCACUGUCCCGUUAACGCUAUAGACUGUGACCAAAUGAUGCACUGAGAAUAAUUUAAACACAAAAUUUCAGCGCAUUUCUAAAAAUACUGCCACUACCUAAUUACGGUUGCCUUCACUCAUCACCACUGUUUGAAUCUGCAAAGCCACAAUAACAGUACACGCAGAGCAGUGACAAACACUUCAGAUGAUGAGGCAAAGGUGAUUACAGGUAAACCUAUAGCACACUUUAGAGAUAUAUUUUUGUUUUUUUUUUAGUACCUUUUACUGCUCGGGUCACUGCAGUCGCAUGACCGCUGGACAAGUUCUAUGGGGGACUGGGAGUUGUGUGUAUUUGGGUAUGUGGGAAAAAAAGAUGAGGUGUAUGCCCUUUAGCAGACACGGUGCAAAACCACAGCAUUGGAUUAUACAAUAUACAGUACAGGUCUGCAUGCAUGGGACACAUUACUCAUUCGUAAAUGUGCAUCUUUGUGCGUUUGACUGUAAUGGUCAAACAACAGUCUUAGUUGUGUUUUGAACCUGGAAAUGAAUCUGUUCUCUUACUGGUUGUGGAACUGUGUAAUAUCUUUAUGCACAUCCGCAUCUGAAGCUGUGUGCUCUUUCAGCUGUGCAGACAGCUGAAAGAGCACCGGUCACACAGUUGUGGUUUGUUUAUUUUAUUCGAUUUUUCUGCAAACGCUGGGAUUUAAAAAGGGAAACCAUCCAAAGUUCAGCAGAUCUUUUACCACCUUGUCAAAAUGUGUCGAGGAGCCUCUCAGCGGGUAAAAACGCCACUUUGAAACAUGAUGUCUUGUCUCCUCUAUUACUCGCUGUACUUCUCCUUUGUAUUCUUGUGCAUAUGUGUAAUCACUUCUUCUGCCAUUUAAUUUUUUGUGAUGUAUGCCUUUAAUGUAGAAUAUAGAGAUGUGCCACCAAACUCUGUCACAUUUGCUUUCUCAUUGCGUCUUUGUCUCGUUUACGUGUAACCAACCAUGUACCGUCGGUUUCAUGAUGCUGAAUAGGAAGCAAGCUCACUGAUUUCUCCACUGAAGCUGCUUUUGCUGAGCGUAAAGAAUGCCGGCCUUCAUGUUUACAACAUGGACAUACUGUAUACUGCCAAACAUGCAGGAGCGUACCAAACUCCCCUCUUGAGCGCUUAGUCCUCCACCCCUCAUCCCUGAUGCAACUGUAUUCUCAAGACUCUUCUUUUCCCUUUUUAUUUUCACCUCUUUCUCUUCAUCCUCUUUUAAAGCAUCAGAGGACAGUCAGGUUGUGUCCUCUAGCCGUGUUUCUUCGUGUCUAGUGUCGUGGUGCGCGUGUUCAUGUCAGUACUUGUGCCUACUGUGGAUCGCAUGCUUUAGCCCUUGACUGGACACAAACGUUGCUCACAAACUCCUCUUGACCCUUAUGUGGACAAACGUUGGGGAUCCUUAUAAAGUUAUCAAGGGAACCAAAUAACUUAUUACAAAUUUAUCAUAUGUGUUAACAGUUCUGUAAAAACAAAUAGGAAAUAAAGGCCUUUUAAUUACCAUGA